AUGCUCGAUGAAGACUGGCUGCCGAUCCAGGACCCAGCCUGUGCAAUCCUGAUCCACGACAUCAUGCGGAACGUCAAACGCUUGUCGAAAGCCACCGUGUGCGUCGACGCUCGUGAGCAGGAUCACCUCGAUUUAUCAUUGGAUCGGUACUGCCUGACCUUUCUCAACGACAUUCUCGACGCAUGUGUCACAACAGGCUGCAAGAUCGAGGAGGCGAGUCUUUCAGAUCUGAUAUCCCCGAGCACAGACGACGAUCCCCCAGGCGACGAGAUAUACGCCGCUUUGGCCGCGUUCGACAGCCUCAGAAUCUUCCGCUAUCAGCAGAGAGAUGCGCUCGAGGAUGUACUGGAAAUGCCCGAGGAGGACGAAAUCGCAUUGCUCAAGACGAUGUUGGAAAGCAUCAUGCACCAAUCCACAAGCCUAGAGGAACUGCAUUGGGCUGCGCCCUACGAUCUCUGGUCUGUCGGAUACGUCCCAUGUCCAACGCCGAGUCUCUUCAACAUCGACCGGCUGCAAUGCCUCCGUCUCCUCUCGCUGGCCAAUCUCUGUUGCAGCUACAGCGCGCUGCGUGCAAGUCUCCUCGCGUGCAGAAGGACCCUCACCACCGUUCGAUUCGAGAUGCUACGGAUCGAGGCGUCUGACGAAGCCUGGACGAGGAUCCUGGAGGUCUUGCGCGGUAUGCUUGUUUUGAGGGAUAUUUCUCUCACACAUCUCAGCCAAGGGGAGGGGGAUCGGACGGAGUUUUUGCAGUUUCUCGUACCUGGGGAUGGGGCGUUUGAGAGGCAUCAUUUCGUGCCUGGAAGGGAGUAUGUGGAUGCGGCUUCGUUUCUUGAGUGGAAUUUGGAGCAUGGCUUGAAAUAUCAAUGA